GGUUGAGAAAAUCCUAUAGAGCUAAUCUGCACCCCCUAAAAGGUGCAAGUGCAUAAAACUAUUUAUGCUUAACACGUUAUCUCAGCCUAUAUGCACAUCUAUAUGCGAUAAUCAUUUUACUUCCGUAGGCUGAAUGUGUUGAGAUCCGAAACUCCGAUCUAGAUAUCUUGCAGUUGCAGGGCAGCAAAAUUAGUCGGAGCCAUGUAUGGAUUCGAAGCGCUGACAUUUAAUAUUCAUGGAGGGUAUCUGGAGGCUGUUGUACGUGGGUACCGUUCGGGCCUCUUAACAGCCGCGGAUUACAACAAUUUAUGCCAAUGCGAAACUCUCGAUGACAUCAAAAUGCAUCUCUCUGCUACAGACUAUGGCCCUAAUCUGCAGAACGAGCCUUCACCAUUGCAUACAUCAACAAUUGUUGAGAAGUGUACCCUUAAACUGGUGGACGAAUACAGACACGUGCUUUCUCAAGCGACUGAGCCAUUGUCAACUUUCCUUGAAUAUAUUACGUAUGGUCAUAUGAUUGACAAUGUGGUCCUUAUUGUUACUGGCACUCUCCAUGAAAGGGAUGUUCAUGAAUUGCUAGAAAAAUGCCAUCCUCUGGGCAUGUUUGACAGUAUUGCAACGCUUGCAGUUGCACAGAAUAUGCGAGAACUGUACAGACUGGUGCUUGUUGAUACGCCUUUGGCUCCAUACUUUUCAGAGUGUAUUACCUCCGAGGAUUUGGAUGACAUGAAUAUAGAAAUUAUGCGAAACACACUUUAUAAAGCAUAUCUGGAAGAUUUCUACAGGUUUUGCAAGAAAUUGGGAGGAGCUACUGAAGAAAUAAUGUGUAACUUAUUAGCAUUCGAAGCUGAUAGAAGGGCUGUCAACAUAACAAUAAAUAGUAUUGGGACAGAAUUGACUCGGGAUGAUCGACGGAAGCUUUAUUCCAACUUUGGGCUGCUUUACCCUUAUGGUCACGAAGAACUUGCUGCCUGUGAUGACAUUGACCAGGUGCGUGGGGCUAUGGAAAAGUAUCCACCAUAUCAAGCAAUUUUUUCCAAACUAUCAUAUGCAGAGACUCAAAUGCUUGACAAGGCUUUUUAUGAAGAGGAAGUUAAGAGACUUUGUCUGGCCUUUGAACAACAGUUCCAUUAUGGCGUCUUCUUUGCAUAUGUGAGAUUACGAGAGCAGGAGAUCCGGAACUUGAUGUGGAUUUCUGAAUGUGUUGCACAAAACCAGAAGUCCAGAGUUCAUGAUAGUAUCGUUUUUAUAUUCUAAUAAUUUCUUUCAGCCUUGAAGAUUGUUUAUGGUUGCUGGAAAUCAUGUCUGCAUGGUUUUCUUGUAUCUUAUUGCCAUAUAAAGUUAUCUAGGCCUUUCAAAUAAUCAUGCUCAUCAGAAGAGGAGCUGGAGCUUUUUCUGGUACCGCUGGGGUUAUUAUCUGUGUUGUGUAUCGGAAUACAUUAUUAUAGUAAAGACAGCUACUGUUCAUGCUGUAAAUUUUUUUUUGAACAUUUGAAGUAAAUGAUUUUUUUAGAAGUCCUGAGUUAAGAUGUCCAAAACUUGAUAUCAAUAGGUUAUGGAGAUGGGAAAGUUUUUCCAAGUGUUACACCGAGUUUCCUGCAUGGGGGGAGGGCAAAAACAUUUCCCAAAUUCUAGGGACAGCUGGGGGAUGACCAUUUUUUUCCAAAUUUUUGGGACAAACUAAAAGCAGUGGAAAUUUUAAAUUUUUUUAUAAUAUGCUAAAUUUGUCCCGACAA